GCCAAUCGGAUGGUGCGUCGGGCGCAGGGGCUGCUGGGAGUAAAAACGGUCCGUUGCUGGGGUGGGCUCGGCAUGAAACCGCCCGAGGAAAUAGACAAGGAGCAUCCUGGGCUAGAAAGUGGGAGAGUAACGGUGAGCCGGUGGACCAAGAAUUCACUUCUCGCACGCACUUCAGUGGCUCGCUGAUUGUGGGUGCUAUUUAAUCACUUGGGCGCGUGCGCACUAUUGUCUGGAGUACCGAGCAUAGUAAUGACUGGUAGAUAAGCUGUGCGGAGAACGUACGUUUUCCUCUUCCUCAUAGCUCGCGCAUGCCUGCGCCACCGAACAGCGACGGCUGCAGUUCCCCGAUCUGACCACGCAGUGGCAGCAGAGGCCCACGUGGGGUCCACAUAGAGACCACAUAGAACUUCUCCAAUGGGCUUGGUGCGGACCCGCGGCGCAGUCCCUGGGACCCGUUGCCUCUUUCUCUUGAGGACAGGACAGGAGGAAAAACACAGAGUUAGAAGAGGAAGGGAAACAAACAAACAACAACAAAAAAAAAGACGAAGAGAGCGAAGGAAAACUUCUCAAAAUCCAGGAAACCUGUGUUAAGUACUUACAAAUAUCUGUAAUAUGAAUGAAAACUGCAGACACAGCAAGUUAACUUCCCCGGACUUCAGGAAAGUAGAUUGUCAUGGUUUUAUGGUUUUCCGUCAGUAUUCCACAUCAUAACAUCUGGCAGUGCCCUGGAAGUUAAAAAGUUAGUGCUGCAGUUCUGUGGGUUGUCAAUACUUCCAGUCUCUUGGUCUCAGAAGAGAAGCAUGAACUACAAUUCCCAGAAGACUUCAUUUUUCUGUUUCCAUUUUCCUUUUGGAGGGAAAGACAAAGCUGACUGGGAGUCACAAGGCUACUCUCUUUGCUCCCUGUCUGCCUGCAGCGUCAGACAGCAGCAGCAGCCAGUGUGGAUCUGAACAGCUUUCUUCCGAAGCUGAGAAGUGGAUAAUCCAGAUGAUCACUGUCCCUGCCAUCUGAGAACAAGCUGAGGCAGUUUCGAGAGGAGCUUGUGGAAGAUGUCAGCACCAUGAGCUGCUGUGGGACCUUCACUGCUGCUCUGCUCUUGGAGCUGGAGAUGUCCUGGUGGGGUCUUGUUCUGCAUUGUCCUCUCUGAGCAGGACCAUUGCUCUGCCUUUGGAGAUGCUUGCUGAGCAGCUGGGAAAGCACUGAUGUUGAGGAAUGGGAGAGAUGGUGCUACUCUGAGUCUUGCUCCACUGCCUCUGGUUGGACUUGCAUAGUUGCCCCCUGCAAAUCUCAAGCAUCCUCUCACAGCUCAGAUCAACAUCCUCUGCUCACUGCAAAUCCUCCUCUGGAAAGAAGCACAAGUGACCAUUCCUUGCACCUCGAAAUUCUUGGAGGUGUACUGGUCCUGGAGCCUCUGUGCUGUGCAGAUGAAGUCACGGGUGGACACAUCGCUGGGAGCGGGGAAAGAGGUGCGGGGACGAGCCCAGGGGCGUGCAGCACGGAAACAGUGCAGGAGCAGCCGGCAGAGCCCCCACCAGAGCAGGGAGCAGCAUGCAGAGCCAGCCAGGCUCCUCACAGCUCCGGAUGAAGGGAGGAUGAGCAGUCCUCAGGAGCACCUGGACAGGGUUUUGACUGGGAGCAAAGAGAGCAUGGAGAGCGUCAGUGAGGAACCAGGCACGGAGCUGGCUUUUUGCACUGGAGACAACGAUGGGAUUGAGGAAGAUGGAGAAACCUCAGAGGAGCUGCUGCCGAGUUUCCCCAGUGAGCUCUCAGUGCUGGAGAAAUUGGGACUGCACAGCACAAAUUUGACGGAGCAGGACGUGGAGGCAGCCUUUGCCCACCUCGCCCUGGCAUUUCGCUGCGACAUGUUCACCCUGCAGCAACGAGUGCAGGUGGAGAAGCGAGCACAAGAUGCAGCAGAGGAAAACAUCCAGGAGGAGCUGGGGCAGUGCCGGACUUUCCUGGAGAGGCUGACUGCAUCCUGCAUGGAUGUGAGCUGCAAGGAGGUGCUGGAGCAGCUGCAGUGCAGCCUGGCUGUGCUGGCAGCUGCCAUCAAGCGUGCCACCAGUGCUGCAGAGAAGCUGGGAGCUGUCCACCAGGAGGCACGGAUGAGCCGAGCGGCGGAGGUGAUGGUCCAGCAUGUGGAGAACCUGAAGCGGCACCACGUGCGUGAGCACGCUGAGCUGGAGGAGAUGAAGUGCCUGAUCCAGCAGAACUCCCGCAACCGGCAGUUGGCAGAAACCCAGGAUGAUGCAGAGCAGCGACUGAGGCCUCACCCCCUGAUGCGAGGUUUCCAGCAGGCAUCUGCACGCCGCCGAGUCAGCAUCGCUGUCAUCCCAAAGCAGCUCUUGCCAGCUUCUGGCAUGGAUGGCCGAGCAACCCUAGCUGGUGGGCCUGAGGGUGCCCAACACCAGACCAGCACCCAGAGGAGCAAACUGGAGCCACCAAGCCAGGGCAACGUGGUGAGCGAGGGGCUAGUGGUGGAAGCGGUUGGCAAGGAGUUGGAAUCAAUUGCAGGGGACAAGGAGCUGGGGCAGCUCAGGAUGAUGUCCAAGGAGUCCUCUGUGGAGCUGUGGCAGCCGUGGCUCUUCAUCUCACAGCCCUACUGGGUUGUGUUCUGUCUGCUUCUCCUGAGCGUCGCCUUCCUCCUCCUUCUCCACCUUUUGGAGCUGCAGCGGCUGCAGCCUGCAGCAUCACCCAAAGCUUAGCUGCACCCACUCCCCAUCGCUGCUCCCGAUCCCCCCCAGAAACCACAGAGGCCCUAGAAUAAUAAAAUUGGAGGAAAAAAAAUGGGGAGUUUUGAUGCUGGAGCAAAGGGCGACGUUCUGUGCUUGGAGCUUGUAGGCACAAAGCUGCAGCAGCAGCUUGCAGCCCUGUGAUGAGUUUCUUGGUUCUAAUGACACAGCCACAGUGAGGGAUACAUGGAUGUCCCUUGUGUGUCCCCUUUCCCUUGGGGACAGUGCCCACGACCACCAUGGAUUUGCUUUAGGGCUGUGUCUCAGGUAUGCUCUCUUUGUCCCUGCAUUGUAGGGAAUGCCACCACCUUCCCCUGUGUCCUCAACCCCAGCAUGGGCACACAGGGAGAGGAAGGAUCUAUACCUCCAGUUCCUUUUCUGCCUUAAUUAAGAUCUAUGCUAAUUCUCUACAUCUGUCCCCCGAGGGUCAAACCUACACUUGGAAGGAGCUGAUUAGCACUUAGCUCUCUUUGUAGCAGCACGAAGUACUCACAAAGGGAGCUGUCAGAAGCAGCUCCAUGGCUGGGACCAGUCCCAGUUCUGCGCAGACACCUCGUUUCUGCAUCCACACCUCCAAAACAUGGGUGGGCUCUGGGGGUUUCGCAUGGGGUUGGGGGACUCCAGCCAGUCCAGCAAAGCUGUGGGGCCAUGGGUGAGGGUCCUGUUAUGGGACUCUUGGGAGGAUCCAUGGAGGGAUGGAGGUAUUGGGACACCUGUCUCCUCUUGUUGCACAUGACUCACGGUCCCUAUGUGCUUCCUUGCCCCAUGUCCCUGAGUCACUGCAGCCUCGUGGCAGGUUGUCACCAUGUGUCACUGCUCCACCAGCCCCAUCACUAGGGGCAUGGAGUGAGCAGGCAGCAGCACCCCAAGGAAUUCACCGCUGGGAAAUCCUAAAAUCCACCCAGCCGGGGUCAAUCUUUGGGGAGUGGGCAGCUUCAUCCCCCUGCGGACCUUCAGCUAAGGUGGAAGUGCUCUCCCAAAAUUUUCCAUGAGUGUGGCA